AGCUAGAGCGCAGAGGAGCCACUGGAGCUCCAGCCUCAAGGGCGGGAGCCACUGCCUCCCCUAUGGCGCCCUCCACCCUCUGGGUCGCUCUGGUCAUCGAACUGCAGCUGUGGGCCGUCGGGCACACUGUGCCCGCCCAGAUUACCUUGACACCCUAUGCGUCAGAAUCUGGGGACCUGUGCCAGAAGCCAAAGGAAUACUAUAACAAGAAUGCCCAGUUGUGCUGCGCUGCGUGUCCGCCUGGCCAGCAUGUGAAAUACUUAUGCACCAAAACCGCAGACACCGUGUGUACCAACUGUGAGAUGGGCACGUACACCGAACUCUGGAACCGUCUUCCCAAGUGCCUGAGCUGCGGUUCUCGCUGUGACCGUGACCAGGUGGUGACCCGCAACUGCACGAAACAGCAGAACCUAGUGUGCACCUGCAAAGCCGACAUGUAUUGCGCCUUGCCAGGGAAAGCUGACAGCUGUCGACAGUGCAUGAGGCUGAGCAAGUGUGGUCCCGGCUUCGGAGUGGCCAGUGCGAGAGCUGCAAAUGAGAACGUGGUGUGCAGGGCCUGUGCCCCGGGGACAUUCUCUGACACCACUUCAUCCACAGAUAUGUGCAAGCCUCACCGCAGAUGUAACAUCCUUGCCAUUCCUGGAAAUGCAAGUGCAGAUGCAGUCUGUGCACCUGAGUCCCCAGCUCUGAGCACCGUCCCACGGGCAGUCACUAUAUCUCAGCCAGAGCCCACAAGAUCCCAACCCCAGGAGCCAGAGUCAGAGCACAGCCAAAUUCCACCCACUGUCUCUCUCUUUGAGACAAAAGAGACCUCCCCUAAAACUGAAUCUAGUACCACGGGUGGCAUCUCUCUUCCGAUUGGUCUGAUCGUUGGGGUGACAGCUCUGGGCCUGCUGGUGUUAGGGCUGGUGAACUGCUUCAUCCUGGUGCAGAAGAAAAAGAAACCCUCCUGCCUGCAAAGAGAAGCCAAAGUGCUUCACCUGCCCGAUGAGAAUUCCCGGGGUGCGACUGGCCUAGAGCAGCAGCAUCUCUUAACCACAGCACCCAGUUCCAGCAGAAGCUCCCUGGAGAGCUCGGCCAGCACUGGGGACAGAAGGGCGGCACCUAAGAGCCAGCCUCAGGCAACAGCCACGGAGGAGGCCCAAGGGACUCAGGAGGCCUGUGCGGGCUCCAGGAGUUCAGAUUCUUCCCACGGCAGCCACGGGACCCAUGUCAAUGUCACCUGCAUUGUGAACGUCUGUAGUAGCUCUGACCACAGCUCACAGUGUUCUUCCCAAACCAGCACCACAGUGGGGGACCCAGAUGCCGACCCCUCAGGAUCCCCGAAGGAUGAGCAGGUUCCCUUCUCCCAGGAGGAGUGUCCUUCUCAGUCCCAGUGGGAGAUCCCAAAGACACCACUGAGCCAUGAGAAGCCCUGGCCCCUUGGUGUGCCCGAUGUGGGCAUGAAGCCGAAUCAACAAGGAUGGUGUGACCAGGUCACAGCCAAAGUGGCCUGACCCCUGCAGGGGCAACGCCCUGUAAAUGGACUCCCAAUCCUUUAGAGCCUCAACCCACAGAACUUCAUGACUCUUUCUGGGACCGUUUCCUUUAGCAGCCUCUACAGCCUCUCUUGCCGGUCGAGUGAGGGCUGAGGCAGCCAGAGUGGCGGGAAACUCCUGCUUUGGUGUUCCAUGGGGCAGUCCCAGCAAGUCCUAGCUCUUCUGUGACCUCUGAAUCUCCUGGGCUGUGGCCUGAUUCUGGCUUCUGAGAGGCCCCAGCGUCUUUCCCUCCCAAGGAGCUAACAUCCUCAUCCAUAGGCUUGGAGAAAGGAGAGCACACCUCUUCAGCCUGAACACUGGCACCGCAGGGCGGUCCCAGCAGGAAGGAGGAAGUGGUGGCCUCAUAGGGCACAGGGGCCCUUGAGGUUAGUGCUAGACUCUUGCUUGGGAAGUACCUCCUCCAAAUCCACCACAAUCCUUCUGAUGCAAGAAUCAGAUGCACAGAGGCCCUGACAGGCAGGGUUCCUCUGCUUCAGGGUGCUGGGGUUGUAACUCAGUGGCAGAGUGGCCUCUUGGCGUGCCUUGGGUUCGAUCUCCAGCUCUAUAGGUAGAAAGUAAGUACAUGCAGCAAACACCUGGUUUGCAUUCUCUGCCUUUGACCUUCACUUCAGUGGGCACGCAGAGGGCUCCAGCUCCUCUCCCCCUCCCCCUGCCUUCUAAUGAGCCCUUCCAAGACCACGCCUUCCUUCAGGGACUCUCAGGGACUGUAGAGCUCCCAGGCCCCUGCAGCCACCUGCCUCCUCCUACCUCAGCCUGGACCACUCCCUCUAACUCCCCAAUGCUUGGUACUGUACCCACUGUGACCCUGAGUGCAUGUCUGUUGUGGAACAGCUUGUGGCAUCAGGUGAACAGCCCAUCCGGAAGAAGCUGAAGCCAGUGAUUUUGCCGAAGGACUCUUAACCCGUUUCCCCAUCAACGCACUUCCCUAGCAUGCCCAGAUCAAGGAAGGAAAGGGGUCAGGAGACUCCUUAAGAGGCAAGUUCAGUCUCAGGUGCUUGGAUUCCAUGGUCACAGAUUCCACUGGAUAUGAAGUUGGUAGUUAAACAAUUGGAGAUUCGUUACCAUGGAUACUCAAAAAACUUAGCACUCUGGAAUCAAGACAUAAGACUUCUGGUUAGGUCUCUCCACAGCGUCAGACUGAAGAGGCUAUGGAACGUGUCUGUCCCCUGGUGGCCAGUCCUGGGAUGACCUCGGGUUUCCUUGGCCACAAAAGCAUGGAUGAAAGGACUAUUUCUGGGUGUUGCCUCAGCGCCCCCCAUGCUUGUGUGGAUCCCAACACAAUGUGCUAAGGAGCGUUUGCACUGUAUGCUGGGUAGAAUUCCUGCUUAUAAAUGCUUUUGGUUGUUUCCACACUGAACCCUGGCUGUGUCUGGGGGCUGGUUUGGGCCCUCCUCCAAUGUGUGAGGAGAGAUGGGGGUCAUGUUAGUGAGGCCCAGGAGGUCCAUGUAGCGAAUGGUUCUGGAGCCCCCACCUUUACAGUUGCUCUCGUUCAGAACCUGGGCGUCUCCCACUUGUAGCCUGUGGCAGCUGAGGGAACUUCCAGCCAGCUGGUCUUCAGGUAUGUCCCCCGACUCCUACUCUCUCACCUAAGUCUGGCCUCCUCAUUGUGUUCUGGGAAACCCACACCACAGGUCUCAGCAAUGGCUGUAGGGCAAACCCAUCCCUGAGUGCUUAGACCAGCUCAGGGCACUGUGAGCAGAGGCCGGGGUCCGGGAACAGUUUGAGUGGUGACCUCUGACACAUUCCUGAGGGAUGAACAGCUUUCCAGAGCCUCUCUCUCUUUUGUGUGUGUUUGUUGAAGGGAGGGGGGAUGGAGAUGUGGAGUAGGGUGUGUGGGGGCUUAUAUAUGUGUAUGUAGUGUGUAUGUAUGUGUAUGCAUUUUUGCAUGUAUGUGUGUUUCUGUGUGUGGAGGCCAGAGGUUGAUUUGGGGUGUUCUUGGUCACUCUCCAUCUAA